AAUCAAGCGAAUAGACUUCACGGGAUAUUCACAAUGUGGAGGAGACACCAACUUCCACAAUCUUCAUCAGCAUUGUUCAGCUAGGGGCUCUUAAGACUCUUUCCAUACCUCUCACUAUACUUCUUACAGCAUCUUGUUAUACCAGUUCCGCAAACGCCAUCCCCUGAAACCACUUUCGAGAUGCCGUAUCUCCUCCACGCCCCGCGCAGCGCCCACGUCCUAGCAACUCCCGACCGCUCUAUCGCCCUAUUCCUGCGCGCCAAUCACAGCUGGACUGCGAAAUGGUUCGAGGAUUCCGAGGUCCCCAACAUCGUCUCUGCAUCAUGCAUCAUAGAACGCCCCAAUUACACCGUGGCCAUCGACGAAGCGCGAUUGAACGGCCGGGAAAUGGAGAGCAAAAUAAAAGAUAUGCUCCAAGCAGACGGGUUUGAGGAUCCGGAUGUGAAGUACCUAGGCAGAAUAGCGAAUAGGAUCCAGUGGCUCUACUCAGGAAGGAGCGAAUAGAAUGGCCCUUGCAGCCUUGGGGCCUGGAAAGGAGGCCACGUGCCUAAUUUCAGUGACGCAAGUUUCUCGCACAUGACAUACUGCAAGUUCUCUUCCACGCUCUUGU